AUCCGUUUUUCGGUCCGGUAACAUUUCUGUUCGGUCUUUCUGUACUUUUGCCCACCCCUGCCAAAACCCAAAGCAACAAGAAGAAAUCCUUCGUCCGUUCUUCUACCUAAACUCGCCAGGGUUGCAGCGAACGCAGAUCGAAGAAGGAAAACGUUCCGGCUGAUCGCGUCGCGCCUGCGAGGCGGCGCCCACUCUCUAUCCGCCAGUCCACCGUAUCUCCCCGCCUGCAUCUGCCCGAGUGCUUGUCUGUCCGCCUUCGCGGCUGCGCCACUGCCAGUCGUCGGUCUCAGACUCUCUCGUCUGCCAGCCGUACUUCCGUGGACAGAUUUUUCAAUUAGAAAGACCAAUCCACCAACCAUUAUAGAGAAGUAAAAGAAACAGUAUGAACAACUAAAAGUAAGUCCUACCUGCAAGCGCAAGACUGUGAUAAGCUCCAGCCGCAGUACCUACAAUCUUAACGGUGGUAGAGCCAAACUCAAUUCUGACUGGAAACAUUUGGUCAAACUCUGAUCCGGUGCUGAGGUCGGACAAACAUUCCUACGGUCCUACUUCCUCAUCCAAUAGCGCCUCAAUAUCUACUGAAUACAGAAGAUAUGAAGAGGAGAAAACCAGAAGGAGCAUCACCUUCUCAGCCUCUGGUGGAUGCUGAAAGUGUAGUCCUCAAUUUGAUCAAAAGUAAGAAAACUGUUGGAAUGUGGUUGGCUGACGUGAAGAAAGAAUCAAAGCUUCCACCAACUGUGGUUGACAAAUCCCUGGCUUCUCUCGUGAAGAAGAACCUCAUAAAACCGGUCAAGAACAUACAAAACAAAUCUAGAAAGACCUUUAUAGCUGCUGAGUUUGAACCUUCAGCAGAACUCACCGGCGGUGCGUGGUACACUGAUGGCAAUCUCAACAAAGAACUCAUUAGUAUGCUCAAAGGCGCAUGUGAAAGGGUCAUAAAGAAUUUUAAAGUCAUUACGGCUGAAGGUAUAUUUGAUUUUCUGAGCCAGAAGAAAGUACUUAACCAGUGCACGAGCGAACAGAUUGGCGAAAUCCUGAGGUCUCUUGUUUUGGAUAAUGCAAUCAUAGAGGUGAAGAGCACUGGGAUGGGAGAAUAUCAUUCUAUACCGGUCGGGGCAGUUUGUUAUCGAACAGCAAGUGGUGCUGCCGGGGUGGACUCCAAGACAGUUAGCGCAAUGACUUUGAUACCUUGUGGGGUUUGUCUGAGGAUUAAUGACUGUACGCCUGAUGGAAUCAUCUCCCCAAGUAAUUGCGUCUACUUCUCCAAAUGGUUGGAUUUUUGAAUUCUAAGCCUUUUCUGCAUUAGUAGUAAGGUUUAUAGUCAUUCAACCAAUGGUAUUUUUAGGCUACUAUGAGAUGCUGCACUCCUUUGUGGGUUUCACCUGGAAGUCAUCUGGGGUUCUUCUACUGCUAUUAAUCUGCAGAUAUCUGUUUUUCGUGUCGGUUUUUAAUCUUUAUAAAAUGGAUUUAUAGCUAUUCUUUGUCCAGUUUUGAGUUGGGAUAAGUUGUCACCAUAAUACUACUUUGGAUAUGUGUUCUAGGGAUGAACCUGGUUCUAGUCCGUUCCAGGCUUCCAGCUCUGGAUCCAAAAGCAGUACAUCAAUUUACCUCGUUCUGGAUUAUGGAUCUUUAGCCUAUUUUCUUUAUUAAAAAGAUACAGUAUGGAGACAAAUGCAGCUCUGGAUCCAAAAGCAGUACAUCUAUUUUUUAAAGUACCAGUAGAAUCAGAAUCAGUUUUCAGAAUUCUCCCCCGGCUUCUAAAAAGUGAUUUUAAGAGUAAAUUAGAGCACCAGAAGUACUUCUGCACUUUCAUCCAAACACUCCAACUUCUGCUUCUGCUCUCUGACGGAGCAGAAACAGUUUUAAGAAUCAAGUCCAAACACCCCCUUAAACUUUCUGGUCUCAUCUGGUUUGAUAGAUGCAUGUUCUAUUUAUACAUUACAACAUUUGAAGUAUGAUUUGGUAUGCUUAAGUCUAGUUUGUUUUGUUCUGAUCUGAAGUUUGAAACCAGUUAAAUUAAAAACAUCUUUAGUGAUAUUGUUGAAGUACAAAGUUUAGUUUGGCAUUUGGCAAUACCACAAUUGCUAGAUUUUUAGUGGGUACUCGUAGUAGAAAAUUGAGUGAUUGUAAUGAUGUCAUUUUAGCUCAUGUACAACUAUUCCUAAUGGUGACAUAACAAUUAUCAUCA